UUUGUCGCGGUUAUUAUAACAUUCGCCUCUAGGCUACGUCUUCGCUUUUUUCGGACGUUUUCAGAAGGCUUUCUUCAAACAUCAUCAGUGGAUUUACUCCCAAAGCAGUUCUAUCUGUCCAUUUGGUUGCUUAAAACCGUACUAUUAUUAUUUUGUCGCAGAGUUUUUAAUCUGGUUCCUAAUAUGGUUCAAAAAUGCAGUGGUUUAAACCGGUUAGUGCAUACAUUGUCUACGUUACGAUUAAAUGAUGUGAAGUUAUUUUUAAUUGGAUUAGGGUUCGUAUUUUUAUUAAAUUGGAUUGUUACUUUAUCGUGGAUACCGAAAUUCAAAUGUUUAUCAGAUGGCAGUGUGCUUCAGAGCACAAAACAAUAUUCCAUAUUUUCUUUAACUGAUGUUAGUUAUGCUCAAAAUCUUGCUAAUAAGAUUAAUAUAUAUUGUUAUAUCCUAACGGAACCACAGUCACAUCUAACCAAAGCUUAUCAUGUUCAAACAACUUGGGCCCGAAGGUGUACUCGUUUUAGUUUUAUUAGUUCAAAAGCGGAAAAAUUAAUGAAAAUGCUUGAUGUUGAUAGGACGCAAAAUUAUGUUAAACAUUCUUGGAUUUCAAUGCGUGAAACACUUCGUGCAUUACAUAAACAAACUUACAAAGCAGCAUAUUUUCUUAAAGCUGAUGAUACGACUUAUGUGAUCAUGGAAAACUUAAGGAAUGCUUUAGAAUACACAGAUCCUCGUAAACCAUUUAUUAUGGGUCAUAUCUAUAAGAUCCGUUCAAAUGAAUUCACUGUAUCUGGUAGUUUUGGCUACGUCCUAUCAAGAACUGCUCUCGAAUUAAUUGUUCUGAAGGGUUUAGAUAAAUUGGCUGACUGUGGACCAAUUCAGCAUGUUCGUGAAGAUAUUCAAAUAUCUAAAUGUGCAAAAGCAUUAGGCAUAGAAUUCAAAGAUAGUAUUGAUAUGUUUGGAAUGUCACGAUUCAGUAAUGUUACUAUAAACAAUCUUUUUGGAACAUUCAAUAACAGCAGUAAUAAUAAUAAUAGCGGAACAAUUCAGUGGGAUCCAAUAAAAACAGAUUAUACACAAGCAGUGUAUGAUUUAAAGAAAUUACCGGCAAGUCCACUGCUAAUCAGUUUCGGUGGUUUAAUGCCAGUGAAAAUGUACAUUUUAGAAUAUUUAAUCUAUCAUCUUCGACCAGUUGGAAUAACGCAUCGAAUUUUACAACAUCUACCUUAUUCAUCAUUAUCUACAAUGAAUCGUUAUCAUCAACAAGAUCAUAGUACAUAAUAAUGUUAUAGUAUUAUUGUCGCAGUGAUUUUUAUUAUUUGCAUAAUAUGUAUAUGAUACUUUCUUGUCUAAGUCAUUUUAACUAUUUGUUUGUUUAAUCUUUUAUUUUUUAUCAUUGUGAUCAACAUGUAAACAUUUACAUAUCACAAUUUUUUUUAUAUCAGAUUCUAUUUAGUUAUUUGUAUUCCAUAUUAUAUUAUUUAUAAACAGAUAUAUAUAUAUAUAUAAACUUAUUUCCGAUCAUAAAUUCAAUUGCCUCUUAGAUUCUGUUGUAUUUUUUAUCAAUUAAAACAUUGAUCAACAAAAUAAUGUAGAAUGUUUAGUGAAUGAUGCUUAGAAUGUCAGUUUAAUUAAGAUUUUACAAUUUAUUAUUAUUAAUAAUAACUUUUUCGUAAAUCUUAUCGUUAUUUUACCUUCCUUUUAUUCAUUUAUGCUCAAUUGGUUUCUUCUUUUUUUUAAUUGAUCAGUUAUUAUUAUUUAUUAAUAAUAAAGAUGUUUUGCCAACUUCUUGUGUCUAUAUAUAACUGUUUGUAACUGUGGGGUAGAAAGUUGUCAAUAAAAAAGACUUUAGAAAUUACUCUCUGAAGAUACACUCUGUACUUUCUGAAUUUGUAUUUUAUUCAACAUAUUUAACUUGUGAUCUUUAUGUUGUCAAUAUUGUAAACUUCUAUCUAAGUCGAUAAUCGUUACAAUAUAUUUUAUUGAAA